CAGUGAUGGGCUAGUGAAAAAUAGGAGGGUUGCUUUUAUCCAUUAGGAAGUCGUGGCAGAAAAGUUUGGAACUUUGGAGCUGACCCCACAUGGGCAGUCAAUAAUUUUUACGUGGCAAUAAUCGGCUAAUCUCUCAACGGUUUGGAGAGGGAGAAGGAGAAGCAGAGAGCCGAAAAAGAUUAGAGAGAGAGAGAAUUAAGGCAAAUCUAUUGGGGCAUUCUCCAUUCUCUAGUCUUGAGAGAGAGAUAGAAAUGGAAGGAAAAAAGCAAGCGGGUUCAUCAUCGUCUUCCUCUUUCGCUACCGAUCUUUUUGGUUCCAAGGAGUCUUCUUACCCGUCUCCGUCUUCCACGGGUAUCUUCGCCUCUAUCUUUUCGACUUCUUCCAAGGUGUUAGGGAGGGAAUCUUUGCGCCCUGACCUGACCAAGAAAAAGCAAGAUUCUGGCAAUGAAGUUUGGAACGCCAAACCAGGGACUACAGAAAAUGCCUUGCAACAGAGUGAAGGCGAGAGUCAGAGUAUAUCAAACAGAGACACAGGUUCCUUUUACCAGGAACAAAGAGUACAACCAUGUCACCUGAGCUCCUCAAUCUACUAUGGUGGUCAAGACAUCUAUUUUCAUCCCCAGAACACCCAGAGCUCUGGAAUGCCCUCCAUGUUAAAGAAAGAUUCAGGAGAAGAUGAUACUGGCAGUGCUUCAAGAGGAAAUUGGUGGCAGGGGUCUCUCUAUUACUAAAAAGCUGAUCCACCCAGGAGGUCAUGAGCAUAGGGUAGCAGUUUCAUCUGCAUUGUAAUAUGAAGAUAGAUGAUCAUGGUAUCAGUCAGCUAAUUGCCGGAAUGCUGGUUGUUACUUUCCUCCAGCCAGAUAACAAAAUCUUUAUAUUUACUGGAUAGUUAUAUGCAACUUCUUUUUCGGUCUUUUGUUUACCGUGAAGGAUGUUGUACGCUUUUCUUUUUUACUGUAAAGAAUGUUUGUUGCAGUGCUUGCAUUUACCAUGGGCUAUAGCUGACUGGUUGAUUACUUUGAAUUUCAGAUUACCUUUUAGUGUCUUGUGUGUAUAGUUGAACUCUUUCCCCUGUUUUUCUA